CUACACCAGACAUUUAUUUAAAAAUUUUACUUUUCAAUUGGAAAAUUUCUGUUUAAAUUCCAAGCUUUGAUAGUUACGAGCUGUUUGCAAAAUUCAUAAAUAACUGUGGGAUGAGCAAUUUUAAAACCAGUAAAAUGCAUCGAAUUGUCUGAAUGCACCAACAUAACAAUGUGUUUCAUCGUCUUCGCCACCAUCGUCCACCUGAUGUUCCUGGCAUCGAUCUUCGACAUCUACUUCCAAUCCCCGAUCAUCCAUGGCAUGUCUCCGCAACCCGCUCCUGCUGAUCCGCCAGCCCGACGUCUCGUGCUGUUCAGCGCGGACGGCCUGCGCGCUGAACGCUUCUUCCAUCCCAGCGUGGACAACUUCCCCGGGACGCCGUUCCUCUUUAACAUCUCGCGUCACGCAGGCACCUGCGGGAUCAGCCAUGCUGCCGUUCCGACGGAAUCGCGGCCCGGACAUGUGGCGCUCAUUGCCGGAUUCAACGAAGACGUCAGCGCCGUGACCAAGGGCUGGAAAGUGAAUCCGGUGGAUUUUGAUUCCGUCUUCAACCAGAGUCGGUGGACGUUCGCCUGGGGUAGUCCGGAUAUUGUGGAUAUUUUCACCAAGAUGAAGGGUGCGGAUGGACAGGUGCGAGUAGCGGAAAAUAUCAUCGCGGACACGUAUUCCGCAGAGUUCGAGGACUUUGCAGCGUUGCCGUCGCUGCUGGACACGUGGGUUUUUGAUAAAUUCAAGGAAUUUCUCGGGCGCGCAAGAAAUGACAAAAAUCUGUACGAGAUGCUGCACAACGAUAAAUUGAUUCUGUUUUUCCAUCUUCUGGGAAUGGAUACCACGGGGCAUGUUCAAAAGCCACACAGCAAGAUUCAUGCGGAGAAUCUUUUAGGGGUAGACCGGGGCAUUGCGGAUAUUGUGAGACUGGUAGAGAAUUUCUACUCCAACGAUGAAAAAACAGCAUUCAUCUUCACGUCGGACCACGGAAUGACUGACUGGGGUUCGCAUGGUUCCGGUCACUCUGAUGAGACCGAAACGCCGUUGGUGGCAUGGGGUGCUGGGAUAUUGCCCCCACGAUUCACGGAGGGACAGCGUUUGCAGAAGUUUGAUAUCCAGCAGGUGGACGUUGCCCCGCUGGUGUCCACUCUUCUGGGAAUUCCCAUUCCCGUUAAUUCUGUCGGUAAACUGCCGUUGGAUUAUUUUAACGCAUCGGAACGGUACAAGAUGCAAGGUUAUUUUGCCAAUGCGAAGCAGAUGUAUGAGCAGCUAAUUGUGCAAAUGCGAAGGAAGCAGAACGAAACGUUUUCGUGGUUGUUUGUCCCCUUUCCGAAGUUAAGCCAAGAUUUAUGGGAUCGGAAAUGUGCCGUGAUAGAACAAAUGCUCACGAGCCCAGAGGAACACAAAACAGAACUUUUGACGGCUAUUGAUGAGCUCAUCGUGUUGAGUCACGAAGGACAAACGUAUUAUCACAGUUACGAUCGACGGUUCUUAAGUUCCGUGAUGACGUUGGGAUAUAUUGGUUGGAUCUUCUUUGUGUUCCUAAGAAUUGUGGACAACCAUCCCAGAGUACAAGGAUCCAAAUCCGGCGACAAUGUCAUGAAAACCAGUAAUUCCAUAAUUUGGACUGGAGUUUGUGGAGCAGCAUUAUGGAUUCUGAUAUCCAUAUUACAAAGGAGUUCCCGGCCUGUUCUUAUAUAUACACUGCUGCCCAUCAUGACAUGGACGGCUGCUCUGUACCGAUUUCAAUCGGUACGAUGCUCUUCUUCUAUAAAUCUCUUAGCCAUCGUUAUGCCGACAGUGCAGUUUAUUGUUGGAUGCGAGAUCCUGGUGUUUUCCUUCUUCUACCGGUCCAGCGUCAGCGUUGGAUUGGUAUUGACUGGUCUCUGGUUGGCCACAUCCUCUACUGCCUCCAAGUAUCUUCGCUUGUUGUGGUUGACGAAUUCUUUGUUACUGGCUGUGUUCCCGCUACUGGAUGUGGUUGGAAAGCUGAAAAAUGUCUCACUUGUGUAUUGCGCGGGUUUUGGGGGAUUUGUAUUCAUAGUUGGUUUGCUCAUCUGGAACUGGAAUUCCAUCCGAAACGAUCGACAAGGCUCCACCGUUGCCGUAAUGCAAACUACUGGCGUGCUGCUGUCCGUGGUUAUUGUUUUUGUAACCAACAGAAGCGUGGAGAACAACGCUUCUGCCGGAGUAUUGUUCCAGGCCAUCAGUUGGUUUUUACUAGGAACGGCUUUUUUUACGCCGAUGCUCAGCAGCCAGCUCUUGCAUCUGCGUUUCCUUAGCGUUGUGACAUCGCUUUUCACCAGCUACAUCUUGAUGAGCAUCACCUACGAAGGUUUAUUCUUCCUGCUCUUCUCUAUCCAUUUAUUUCUGUGGAUUUACUUGGAAUUCCACACGCAUCAGCCGCGAUUCUCCCUCUUCCGUCUGACGAUCUCCUACACCUUCCACGCCGACCAAACCGUGGAUCGGCGCCGACUGCAUUUUGACGAUCUGCGCCGGGUGUUCUUUUUCGUGUUUUUCACGCUCUUGGCCUUUUUCGGGACGGGCAACAUCGCCAGCGUCAACAGUUUCGAUCCGGUGGCGGCAUUCUGCUUCGUCACGGUGUUCCGGCCGUUCAUCAUGGGACUGAUUUUGCUGUGUAAAGUGAUCAUUCCGUUCCUGCUCAUCGGGUGUGCUUUCCACGUUGUAAUUGUGAUAUGCGGACUAUCCAUGCAGAAAGUAUAUUUAAUCGGGUUGCUGAUAUCCGACUUCAUGGCAUUACAAUUUUUCUUCCUGGUGAAGACAGAAGGAAGCUGGCUGGAGAUUGGGACUUCCAUUUCGCAUUAUGUGAUCAUGAUGGCGCUGAUAUUAUUUACGAGCCUGCUUCGUUUGUGUGCAUGGGCGGUGAUGACGAGCCGCUUGGAUCUGCGGAUUCUUCGGCUUCCUUUUGCUGUUGAACGUGCUUUGUGAAUGAAAUCUUUGUUGGGUUGUUGGAUAGCUGAGUUUCUACUGUUGUUAAUUACCGGUGUUGUUGUCACUGUCUAUCUGAAAGCGCACAAUUUGGCAGGUUUUUCGCCGCGUCAAAGCAUCCACUGCUGUGCACGGUGAAAAUUAUAAAUUACGUGUACGAUAAAUUUGCAUUUCAAAUUCUGACUGAAUGAAUAUCGUAAAAUCAGCGGAAGUUGCGAGACAGUUAGUCAUUUUUCUGCGUUUA